CAGAGACGCUCGUUAUACACACGCUACGUCUCAGAGAAAUCAUUUUCAACCAUUAAAACAAACCUGUCAUAUACAUUUGCUGACAGGACAUUAAGUAGCCUACAUGAAACAUUUCGAAAUUAGAGUUUAACAUAGAAACUAGAGGAUCCUCAGCUGUUCUGUUUGACUGUUUAAAGAUGCUCACAGAUAUUACAGAAGGAGAAUUUGACAUCAAAGAGGAAGAACCAUGGUACGAUCAUCAAGAUCUGGAACACGAUCUUCAUUUGGCCGCCGAAUUGGGUAAAAAUUUACUGGAGCAGAACAGAGACUUAGAAGAGACCCUCCAACAGAUGUGCAUCACCAACCAGGAACAGAUACAGGAGAUAGAGUAUCUUUCUAAGCAGGUGGAUAUGCUGAGGUCGGCGAACGAUCAGCAGGCUAAACUCUACGAGCAGCUGGAUUCAACCGCACAAGACCUGGAGCUGAAAAACCAACGACUGGUGCUGGAGAACAGAGCGGCUCAGAUGAAGAUCGAAGGGCUCACAGAGACGGUAGAAGGGCUGCAGACUCAGGUGGAGGAGCUCCAGAGAGACAUGCAGAAGCUGAAGCUGGAUUCUGCUGAACAGAACCGGUCCCGUGAUCGUGAUCCUGACAGUGUUCAGGGUCUCACAUGCUGCGAGGAGAAAUGUCAGUUACACAAGUACUUUUCCCAUGAGCGCUCUGUUUCCACCAGCCGCUCGUCACUGAAGCGUGAGGAACAAGACGAGUACUGGGAGCUGAAGCGCUCGGUUGAUUCCCUGCAGGCGCAGCUGAGCACAGAGCGCGCUCAGAGAGAGACGGCCGAGCUGGAAGCUGAUGCUCUGGUGCAUGAACUCAGCCAGCUGGAGCCCAAAAAAAAGUACUUUUCCCAUGAGCGCUCUGUUUCCACCAGCCGCUCGUCACUGAAGCGUGAGGAACAAGACGAGUACUGGGAGCUGAAGCGCUCGGUUGAUUCCCUGCAGGCGCAGCUGAGCACAGAGCGCGCUCAGAGAGAGACGGCCGAGCUGGAAGCUGAUGCUCUGGUGCAUGAACUCAGCCAGCUGGAGCCCAAAGUGGCGCUGCUAGGAGUCUACAAGGAGCACCUGGCUGAGAAGGAGGCUGAAGUCCAGGAGCUCCGCCUGCUUUUGCGCUCGAGCGAAGAUAACGUGUUCCUCCCAUUGGAUGAUGAAGUGGGCGGGGCUGGACACAGGGGGCGGUGCUGCAGCGGCGAGAGGCAGUUGCUUAGUGAUGAGCAGCCUGCAGUGAAGCAUCAUGGUAUCUCUCUGCUAAAUGAGGUGGAUGCUCAAUACACCGCCCUGCAGGAGAAAUACGACACGCUGCUGCGCCGCUGCAAUGGUGGGAUGUUGUCAGAGAAGCAAAAAACUGGCCAAACGCGCACACACUCGCCGGGUGUAAACACACAGAACGAUUCCCAGCAGCCCGAGUACAAGGCCCUGUUUCAGGAGAUUUUCACCUUUAUCCAAAAGAGCCAAAAGGACCUGAAGGAGAACAGGAUCAAUCCCGGUCAGGUUGAAUGAGGCACUGAUCUGCGUCUAUAGCUAUAGAACUAGUAUAGAGACCUUAAAGGUUUGAUACGGCAGGUUUAUCCCAGGUACUCUCUUGCUUUUAUUGCCACUUUUAUUACCUGGUGGCGAGUGUAUAUAAAGCACUUUUGUAAAUAUUUCUAAAUGUUACUGUAAAAAAAAAGCUGUAAACUUAAAUGCACUGUAACUGAUCUCUGAAGCAAACAUGUAUUUAUAGUGGAGUGAAUCUCACAAAAACAUUUCCAGGUUAUAUAUUACUACAUAAUCAAUAGGAAAAAAUUGAUAUUAGCAUAAAUCAAUACAAUAAAUAAAAAGUAAAAUAGUAGAAAAAUAAAAACACAAUAUAGCCUUUUGUGCAAAUUUAAAAAUGUCAAACUAUGUUAAUGAACAUAAUUUAACUAUCUAAGAAGAAUGUAAUUAAAUUGUAAAAGUUGUUGUAAUACUUACAGUUGUGUACAGAAGUUUUACUUUGAAAAUCACCCUGACCAGAAACAAUUAAAAAUCACUGUAAAUUAUAGGCAGAGAAGAUGCAAACAUUAGAUGAACACAAAUAUGUA